AUGGUCCGCCCGCGGCAUAGCAAUGUCGUGCCCGGCCAACACAUCUACGCGUAUUGCAACGUCAAGACGAAGCAAGUGCUGUAUUCGCUGACACGCGCGCUGCAACACCGCCAACUGCAACAACUGCCGGACACGGGCGCCAACAACAACCCGCCGAAGCUGCGCAAGGAUCUCUGGCGCCCGCUCUGGUCCCUCCAACUCCCCGAAGGCGAAGAUGGCGUGGCUCAAGGGCAGGAGGCCUAUCGAAUGCUGCGCGAUUUCCGCACGUUGCACGAGGUGGAUUGGGAGCCGCCGAAAGCGAUGAGUAUCCCCUACACGCCCAAGCAAAUUGAGACGUUGGAGAAGAAGUUGGAUCGGCGAGGUGGGAGUAAGAAGGAGAGUCCGUAUGAUUUGAUUGCCCGACGCAAGUGGAAGAUGCGGACGCAGAUGGUCAUGGAUCAAAAGACCAAUUCCAUUGCCGAUCUGGCCGCCGUCUUGUUGYUGCAGGAGAAGAAAGUGGCCGAGCAGUUGGAGCGCGCCAAGGCGGCGAGGGAUCGGGAAAUCAUGGAAAUGGAGCGGCUGGCCGACGAGUGGGAGCGCGAUGAUGGGGCGGCGAGGAAGGAGUUGGAGCGCCAGAUCCAGGAGUGGACGGGCAUGAGAGAUGCUCGGCAGCGGGAUCGACGAUGGAGGAAGUUGAAUGGCAAGGUUGACGCCGCCCAGCUGCAAUUGGGCAAGAUGAAAUUCGCCGCCGAAUGCGUUCCCCGCGCGAAGCAAGAGGCCCAGGCCGCCAGGGAGGCGAGGGAAGAGGCCGAAGAAAAGGCUCGUCGAGCAAGGGAAUACGCCCGACAGAAUGCUGAAGCCAAAGCAGCAAAGGAAGGCAAACCUGCUCCACCCGCACCAUCACCACAAGAAGAAGAAGAAGAACCAACACCCCCACAACCAGAAAUCAUCUGGACCUCGUUCCAAUUCCUCCCUUCCUUCCCCCCCGAACUCACCCGUGCCCCUCUCUCCGCCUCCAAGACAUACAUCCGCCCCGGAGACCCCAUCCGAAGGCACAUCCCCCCCGUUUUUGCCCUCAAUGGGGAGGGCGUCACCGUCCGCUGGGCCAACACCUUGGACGCCGAAUACGCCGCCGAAUGGCCCGCACUCGUGCGUCACGAACCCAUGGGCAUGGUCCGCAACACCGCCCCGCGCGCCGAUGACGAGAAUCCCUUCCUCGAAGUUGCCGAGUUCAAAGCGGUGGGAUGGAAGAGCAGAGAGCAAUCCUUCUCCAUCGAACCCACCCUUGCCGAGAAGGUGGAGGCGCGGAGGAGGGAAAUGGGCAUGGUCGCGCAUCCGACCUUGAAGAAUAAACUCACCCGCAUCGAGGGUGGGGCCAAGGGCGUGAAGAUGGAACUCAAGAAGAGGGAAAAGCAAGCCGAGAACAGGGAGGGGAGGGAAGUCUCCUUGGAGGAGAUGAAGCRGGGGGCGUUGAAAGAUGUGAGAGGAACCAUGCAUAAGGACCUGAUGCAAGGUUUGGCGGCUGUUAGAAACGCUGAGCUGGCUGCGAAGAUGGAGGAGAUGAGGGUUUGA